AUGGUGUCUCCGGCGAUUGCCCUGGCUUUCCUCCCCUUCAUUGUCACCCUGCUGAUCCGGUACCGGCACUACCUGGUGCUGCUGUACCGGGCGGUGCUGGUGGCCUGGCUGCGGGACCGGCUGACGGGCACCUCACGGGAGCAGCGCGCCUUCCAGUACCUGCUGGCCCACGCCAUCCCUGGGGACCCCCACCACAUCCUCCAGACCUUCGAUCAGUGGUGCUACCACUGUGAGCACCUCAGCUGUGCACGUGCCGUGUCAGGGCGGAUCGUGGAGCGGGUGCUGUUGGAGCGGGCACCGCUGCGGGUGCUGGAGCUGGGCACGUACUGUGGCUAUGGCACCGUCCUGCUGGCACAGGGGCUGCCCCCAGGUGCCCGCCUCUACACCAUCGAGGGGGAUCCCCGACACGCUGCCGUGGCCGAGAAGGUCAUCCGCCUGGCUGGCUUCAGUGAGCAAACGGUGGAGCUGAUCGUGGGCCCCUCGGAGGAGGUGAUACCACGCCUGCGGGAGAAGCACGGCCUGGUGAAUGCCAACUUGGUCUUCAUGGACCACUGGAAACGCUGCUACCUGCGGGAUCUACGGCUGCUGGAAAGCCACCAGCUGCUGGCUGAGGGGGCCACCAUCCUGGCUGAUAAUGUCCUCUUCCCUGGAGCACCUCACUUCCUGCAGUACGCCAAGACCUGCGGCAAAUACCACUGCAAGGUGCACCGUGCCAGCCUGGAGUACUUCCGCGCCAUUCCUGAUGGCAUCGCCGAGCUCCGCUACACCGGCACCCACUGA